AAUGCUGCAGUAGAUCGCAUGGCCGCCGAUAUGGCCCACGAACUUCUUGAGAAGAAGAAAAGUGUCGCGGUACUUGCGCUCUGGCCUGGUAUGGUCAAGACAGAACACAUGCUUCAAAAGUACGAUCCCCAAUCAACCAUCCUAGAAGACCUAGGUGAGUUUCGUAUUUUUGUGUUUCACUUCCUCUGA